AUGCCUCUGAAAUUGACAACCUUAAUAAGGAUCUUCAGUCUCAAUGCUUCCAAGAGGUCUCUUGAGACGCUGAAAGGGCUUUGUGGAUAUGCUAACCAAGUUGACAAUAAUAAUCCUUCAACAUCAUUAUUAAAUAACCUCUGCACAGGCCUCGAAAAAUUUCUCGGCCACAGUAAUGGUAAUUACACCGGCGAUGGCAUCGUGUACUCCGACCUCGACAGGCUGUGUGACGGGGUGAUGUCUUUACUUCAUGGAGUUCUUGGUGGAGUGCAGGAUGAUGAUGCUGUUAAAAAGUACGAUGACAAUCUUAGUGGAAGUAAAUUGGAUGAUGUUCUCAACUCUCUUGAAGUUUCCAUAGGUAAGGGCUCUGCGCAAUUUGGUGAUCAGGUUGGCAAGGUGAGUGGGUGGCUUGGGAGGUAUGGAGAUGAGGUGAAAGAAAAAAAUUCUUUUGUUACUGGUCCAUUUAGCGUACUUAAAGGUGAUAUAGAUGAUCACAUUAAAAACAUAGACUCUCUUAAUGUUCUUCCAAUUUCUGAUAUUCUUGAAAAGUGGAAGGAUCGAGCGCAGUGGUAUAUUAACCAUGUUAAUACAUCCCAAGAGGCCCUUAAAAACAUCGAUCCUUCACUCUCAGGUAAGUUAACUCCGCACGUUAAAAUGCUGUUGCAGGCGACUACAACAUUCAAGGAGGCGGCGGGGAAUGAUGACUUGAAGGAGGUGUACGAGAUGGCGCGGGAGAGGAUGGAGAAGGUGAGUGAAUUUCUUACUGAGGCGACGAGAGACCGUAUGCAUGAAGUUCAGAGGUAUUUGAAAAAAUGGAUUGGGGCGUUGAGCAAUAGGCUGGAGAAGUUGCGUACUAAGCAAUUCGAUGAUUUGUUUUCAUCUGUCAACUACGGACUCCAGGAUGCCUUUGCGAAAGUAAAUGAUGGAAUCCAAGCAAUCGUAAAGAGGUAUGGAAGUCAGGUAGUUGGCGAAUUAAAGACUCUCGUGCAGCAAUCAAAUGAAUUUAAUGAAAAAUUCCCGAAGACUAAAAAUGCGCUUCAAACGGCGAUUCAUGAAGUCGAGAGUGACAUUAAUAAGUUGAAGGAUUUAAGUAAUAUUGGCGGUCUUAAAGGAGCUAAUGGCCGUACUGUUUCGGUAAUCUUCCUUAAGGCUAUUGCCGGAAAAGGUAAACCAUUCGAACCUCUCGAAGCAUAUUUCAAUAAGGUUGAUACUGAUGUUAUGGAACCUUUAAAGACGGUGAUGUAUAGGAUAGGUGAAGGGAUCAGGAGGGGUGUUCAACAAGUCAAGGAAGAUGUGUUGAAGGAGGAACUUAAUAAGACAAAGAGUGAACUUUCAAAACUUCAAACAUUUGCUAAUGGAGACGUUUCUGACUUUAAACAGCUCCAAGAAAAGCUGCAAAAAAUUCUAGGCAAUGAAUUCGAGGCCAAAGAUCUUGAUCUCAAACGACAUGUAACAUCAAUUAAAACUGUAGUCGAUAAGCUUGAUGGAACGUCUCAGCCUCAGCAAAACGUAACAAAACCAGACACGAUAAAUCUGCUAAACUCCCUGGCUGCCAUCCCCCAAAUCGUCUCGGAUCAUUCCAAGGACGUCGUCCAGAAAGUUAUGGAGAAGAUUGCAGAAAAAGUGAAAGGCGAGCUUACAAACGUGGUGCAGUCUGUUAGUGUUAAACUUGAAAACAUUAGCAACUGUGUAAAUAAUAAGAGCGACCUUGACGUUGCAUACAGCACGAAUCGGUACGCAAAAGGUCUCGCGAAAUUAGUUACUGAUUUUGAGGAGGGCAUUGAUCGGGAGCUUAAGACACUACAAGGAGUUGUUGGUACCACAUCUCCUGAUGAACAGGGCACUGUCUACGCUCAGUUGAAGCAGCUUAAAGCAGACGUCACUCAGCUUGGCACAAAAGUGGAGGACGUUCAGAAGAAAACCACAGAUGCUGAACACGAACUCAAUGGCUGCAUUCAUAAUGCCAACACACUGCUUGUGGAUGCCAUGGAAGAGACCGCAAACGUUUUUAACAGACUGCGAAAUGCCGCCAACUCCAAAAUCACCUCCGCCUUCACCGGCCUCCAAUCCAAAGCCAAAUCCCUCUACACCAACCGCAAGACAAAGGAAGUCGAAGCCCUGCAGAAAAUCGUUGAGGGGGAGUUGGAGGAGAUUGAGAAGACAAUUGAUGAAGAUAAAAAAAGGGGUGCUAAAAAGUUCCUAAGUACGUUAAAAGAGAAAUUUGUUGAUCCACAUAACAGUUUCUUCCCGCCUGCCAGUUUAUCUGGUGUCUCCCAGCCAACGGAGAAAAAAUCUCUACAAUCAUAUUCAGGCACAUUAAUUCAUUGGUUCAGUGAAUUAUAUGAAGGCUUUUAUGGACAGAGAGAUAUUAAAAUCGUGCACUCUAAAGUUGACCCUUCCAGGUCGGCGUUACAUCACUUGCUCACUGACCUUGCAACAUCUAAACACUUCGACCACAACUUCACUGAUAACCUUACAAACCUACAAAAGACCCUUAAUGACUUCGCACCUAAGAAAUUCCACACCCCAAACAGCAUCCUCCUCGACGCCCUCAAGUCCGGCAUGGACAAAUUCACCGAGCAACUCGGAAACGCGUACGUGAACAGAUACAGUGGGAAGACGUUUGGUUCACUAUUAGAAAAGAAAGCCUCUGACACCGAACCCAUCAAACAAGUUACCGUCCUUUCCACCGAGGGCCGCAACUGCGCCAAGGUCUGCCUGACCAUACUGGAGGGGCUGAGUGAAGACUUGGCAUACUUGAAAGAAAAAUGUAAUACUACAUAUGGCCCUUGGAAACACAACAAAAUAUGCGAAAAUGAUGAAAAGAGAACCAAUAAACUCGGAUGCUUCUUCCAAAAGCGUGGCUUCACCAUUCCUCUCAACGACGGCGUAAAGCAAGAUGGUCAGUUGAGAUGUUCUGUAAACAUGAAAGGUGGGCAUAUUUGUCAAAAGCUUGAUGAAGAAAUAUCGAACGCCAAGGAUGAUGAACAUCUCAAGGCGUGCAAUGCAACAAAGGAAAAUGAAAUUAAGUUUAAUGUCAUCGGUAUCCUUGACUGCCUACUCAGUCACCUUCAUCAAUAUUACAAAGUCGGCCACAUCUCUUCAUUCGCCGCCAAAAAGUCACCGUGCUCCGUUUACGAGAUGCUCACAUGGUGCUGCGGUCUGGAGUACAACAGUGCUUACGAGAAGCUUAAGCAGCGUUGUCAAAAGCUUUGUGAUGAUGAGAAAGACAGCCAUUUAAAAACUAUAUUGUCCAAAGUAGCAAAGCAUGGCUUGCCGUAUCUAUCUAGCAAUUCACGUAACAUCCUCACCGCAAUCCUUGGCACCGGAGACGAACACACAGUGUACGCUUCCGACUUUAGCAACAAUUACCUUAAUUUGAGUUACCCCUCUUCCGGGGAAGCUUGUUUAGAUACAUUGCUUGACAUAUUACGUAGAAUGUUUCCCGUAUGUAGAUUCUUGCAGAGUCGAUGUAAUAGUCUGUCAUCCGACUUUGGUUGGGCCGGCUGCCAGUAUGGUAAGCAGGUCAAACACGCUAACUGGCAGUGCGACAAGCAUAUUGCUGAUAAGGAAUCCGACUGCGUUCCCAGGUCACCGCUUAUGUCGUACUUUACCGACAGUCUUCCCGGUCACUUACCUCAUCAGCUAUCCUCCAUCGGUUGUACAGCUACAUGUAACACCUGUCCCAAAUCCACUCCUGGGCAGCCAUGUUUAACGCCACUCGGAUUCAGAGGUUUCUCUGGAAGUACGCGUAGAGGUAAAGAGCUGUGUAACGUGCUGACCAAAAUGCUCGAUGACGCCGACCUCAGAUCCCUAUUCUGCCUUAAACCGAAAACGCCGGCUUCGCUCCCAGAGCACUUCGGUUUUGUGUUAUCCCUUGUUAAGGAUUGGGCUGACAGUAAGAAUACAUAUAAAAAUCCGAUGGAGAAAGAGUUUGAGAAAUCUAUAAAAAGCCAAUCUAUUGAUCUGUAUAAGAAAGCAGAUGAGCUCACCGGUGCGCUUCGUGACGCAUACCGUAGUAGGCAUUACAAUUAUGCUGAUAAUAGUCAUCGUCCUCUAUAUGACGAUUUAUCAAGUCUUUCUAUGACAUCGUCGUGUAGUGACCCUAUUAAAAAUACAUUGUGCGCCCCCUACCUUUCAUCGUUAUCCUGCGACUCCAAUUAUUACCUGGCACUGAAGCAUUGCAACACAUAUUUGUCGUGGGCCAUCUACCUCCCAUGGACGUUCUGGGAUUUACUCAACAAUUUAUAUAACGCUUUCUGUGGAAUCACUUGUGCAGAUUGGGGAUGCUGUGGAUGUCUCAGAGGAGACACGUGUAGGAGUGGCAAGCAUGGUGUCGUUGAGGAUGAUAAGAAAGAUGUUACCUGUGAGUGUGAUUCCAUAGUAUCCUGCAGAGGCGUGGCACCGACGCUCUACCAGUAUGGAUUCAGCUUCGGCGAGGCGUCGACGUUGAAUGGUGGUAGCACAGCGAAGAAGUGUAAAGAUUUCUGCACCCAAUUGAAGAAUGUCCUUGAUUCAGAAUAUUUCAAGGAGCUAUUCAAAGAGUGCGACGAAUUCCUAUGGAUCAUUCGUACACCCUUCUCCUACCUCUUAUUAGCCCUCUGGUCGCUGUCGCUCCUGUACCUGCUGCACAUCGCCGUCGUCCGCCUCGACGUCCUGAGGAUACGCUCGCACCUAAAAUCACCCUCAAGCCACCGCAUCGCCGCCCAGUCCCUCCUCGCCGCCGCACGCGUCAAGGCACUCGCCAACGUCAAGUACUUCUCACCAUAA